AUGUAGACAUGUCUGGGUAUUCCUUCCCAGCCUCAGUCCCCGUGGGGCCUGUGUUGGGGAUACAUGACCCUGCCAUGGUGGCCACAGCCAAGUGGAAUCAGGUGAAAAUUUGAAAGUGGGAAUGAGUUGGUUCCUAAGUCUUACGACCUUGCUCCAGGGUGCUGAUCCUCUGAUUGGAGAUGCUGGGCCCUGGAAAAGGCUCAGGUGAUGUUCUUGAAGAUCUCCCCCACCUCCAGUGGGACACCUGGGGAAGCUCGAGCUGCUGCAGAGUAUAGGGAGCUCUCGAGGGAGUUAGAGGUGGUCUGAGCUGUCCCCUAUGGAUUUCAUAGGGCCAGGUUGCCCUUGGCUUCCUGGCUCAGCGAGACUGUCACUCACAGCUUCCCCUUUUGUGUGAGGGUAGUUCUCUCCCUUAUCCACCCCUACAACACCAACUGAAUCGGAGGCUCCCUCUGUCCUCAUGAGCCCUGUGGAGAAGAUCCACCCUGAUGUACCAGUAGCAGAAACAAUGCCAAUGCACUUUUGGGUAUUUGUUGGGGUAGAAGCUGAGGAACACACCACACCUUCCUUCGGGAGCUCUGACCUCUGGGGAUCACCGUGGUCUGUCAGUGCUCACUGUGAAGCUUUUGAUGAACAUGCAGGAUGGAGCUGGCUGCUCUGAGUAACUCUUCACCGUGACCCUGCAGAUAUGUCUUUUUCAUCUGGAAUCAAGUUUUAUAGCUAAGGCAAAAGAUGAAAUAAAAAAGACAGAAGUAUCCACCCAGAAUGCUACAAAAGAGCUUGACCUACAAGGCAAGAAAUAGCAGGGGCGAGGUGAAUAUGCCGUGUCUUCACUGGAGUUGCCCCUUCAUUAGUUAAGCUUUGGUUGUGUUUUCCAGUAGGACAAAGUAAAACUACUGCAUUUUGUGUUGUUGAUACUGUUUUCAUAUUUCUCAGCUGUGCCUAAGUCACUUAAAAGUGUAGCCAGUUUUUAAGUGUAUCAUGAGGUUGGCUCCACUUGCAGAGAAAACCUGAAAUGUCAAGCCUGAGUCCUGGGGAAGAACUUGAUAUUAUAAAGCCUAGAACCCAGUUGUUUCUGUUAGCAGCCUGUAAGUUUGGGCCAAGUCCUUUAUCCUGUCUGCUCCUUUCUUUCAUUAUCUGUCCGGAAAGGGCAGUUUGACUUGAGGAUUUUAAGACUCUGUUUACAAAAGUGUUGUGAUUUCUUGAAAAUGUUGUUUGUAGUCUCCACCCACACGUAUGGGAAGGAGGAAAUAAUAGCAAUCACCCUCAGGAUGCAGAUGAUUGAACUUUCUUAUGUAGGCCGUGAGGCUGUCAUUCACAUGCUUUGAGGUUUUCAGAAUAGAAAAAUAGGUGGGGUUAACUUUGCACGUGAGAAAUGUCUGGGGCGAACAAUGAUUUCAGUUAAAAGAUGUGUUUUCGUGAGCAGAGCCCAGCUGAGGAAUUGAACUGUCUUGUGUGGCCCAGUGGAAAGAUAACCAUGAUCCUGUCCACCUUGGUUAAUGGAUAGUGGUUUCAGAUGGAAGUUUGAUUAUACAGACAUCACCUUGAUCACAGUGAAGGCGGGCAUGGUCAAGACAGUUCACGUCCGGGACUGAGGACUCUGUUUGGGGACAGUAUCUCCAAUGUGGCGGACUUACGUCUUCCAAACCGUGAGAAUGACCCGCUUUGCAAAUAACACCUUCCAGGCCAUUUUCUGUUGCUGCUGCUGCUGCUCGGCACAGAAGCGACAAGCGAGGACAGGAAUAACCCUGAGCCAAGAUGAAGUACCUUCAGAAAAAUGUACCCAGCAUCACAGGCCGUGGUUCAGCGAGCUGUCAAGUAAGAAGCAAUCCAGCAGGGGCCACGCGCAGCCCUCGAAGCGCAAGCCCCUGCCGCCGCUCCCCGCCUCCGCGCUGGCCGAGGAGAAGAUCCGCGUCAAGGCGCUGUUCGACUUUCAGCCCCGAGAACCCUGCGACUUGGCGCUGCGGAGAGCCGAGGAGUACCUGGUGCUGGAGAAGCGCGACCCCCACUGGUGGAAGGCCCGGGACCGGUUAGGGAAUGAAGGCUUAAUUCCAAGCAAUUAUGUGACUGAAAACAAACUCACCAAUUUAGCAAUAUAUGAAUGGUACCAUAGAAACAUUACCAGAAAUCAAGCAGAACAUCUAUUAAGACAAGAGGCUAAAGAAGGUGCUUUUAUUGUCAGAGAUUCAAGACAUUUGGGGUCCUACACAAUUUCUGUCUUCAUCAGAGCCAGGAGAAGUACAGAGGCUACAAUAAAACAUUAUCAGAUUAAAAAGAAUGAGUCGGGACAGUGGUAUGUGGCUGAGAGACACUUCUUUCCAACAGUUCCUGAAUUGAUCUGGUAUCACCAACACAACGCGGCUGGUCUGUUGACCCGUCUUCGCUACCCAGUUGGGCUGAUGGGCAGUUGUUUACCGGCCACAGCGGGCUUUAGCUACGAAAAGUGGGAGAUCAACCCAUCUGAGUUGGCUUUCGUCAAGGAGAUCGGCAGCGGUCAGUUUGGGGUGGUCCAUCUAGGUGAAUGGCGAGCUCAUGUCAGUGUUGCUAUCAAGGCCAUCAAUGAAGGCUCCAUGUCUGAGGAAGAUUUCAUUGAGGAGGCGAAAGUGAUGAUGAACCUGUCACACUCAAGACUAGUUCAGCUCUAUGGGGUGUGUAUACAGCAGAAGCCCCUUUAUAUUGUGACAGAAUUCAUGGAGAAUGGGUGCCUGCUCAACUACCUCAGGGACAGAAAAGGAACCCUUGGGAAGGAAAUGCUGUUGAGCAUGUGCCAGGACAUAUGUGAAGGAAUGGAAUACCUGGAGAGGAACUGCUAUAUUCACAGAGAUCUGGCAGCAAGGAAUUGUUUGGUUAGCUCUACAUGUAUAGUAAAAAUUUCAGACUUUGGCAUGACAAGGUAUGUCUUGGAUGAUGAAUAUAUCAGUUCUUCUGGUGCUAAGUUCCCAAUCAAGUGGUCCCCUCCUGAAGUUUUUCAUUUUAACAAAUACAGCAGUAAAUCAGAUGUCUGGUCAUUUGGAGUUUUAAUGUGGGAGGUUUUUACAGAAGGAAAAAUGCCUUUUGAAAACAAGUCAAAUCUGGAGGUCGUGGAAGCCAUUUCUAAAGGUUUCCGGCUCUAUCGUCCUUGCUUGGCACCCAUGUGCGUCUACGAAGCCAUGUACAGCUGCUGGCAUGAAAGCCCUCAAGGCCGCCCCACAUUCACCGAGCUGCUGCAGGGUCUCACAGAGAUCGCAGAAACCUGGUAACCUGGAGAGGGAGGCCAACCCCAGGAACCCGCAGCAGAGCUGUCACUGUCGCUGCAGGAAGUCAUGGGCGGCACUGCUGAGGAGGAACAUCUUCUUUUCGAUGCAGUCUUCUUGGAAACAAUACAGAGAUCACAGCCUUUUCAAACUGCUUAAAUUUGAGAAUACUCUGGCAAUAGUUUUUCUGCAUGUGUGAGAGGAAUUUCAAAACAUGUAUCUUUCUGUAAUAUUUUUCAUGUCCUCUCCGUGAAGAUGGGGAAAGGCUGGAAGGCAGCCUUUGUGGGGCAGGCCAGAGCCCUUGAAGGUGCAGGAAUGCCCUCCUCUUCACAAGCCCAAGGGAACUUCUGUCUCCAAAAAGAGUGAUGUUCACUAAUUCAGCAAAUCAUGCACAGGAGUGGAAGGAGUCGCACCCAGCUCAUAGCAUAAAGGAGCCUCGCGGCAGAGUUGCACGCUUUGGGGUUAUCUGGAGCCUUAGAGGAAACACGUCUUUAAGAACCACAUGAAUGUGAGCAUUCUGGGAAUGCCUUUUGUAAAUCUUUACAUGUUAUUUAAUAAACUUUUUUUCACAUAUCAGA